AUGCAUAUAGUAUUACUAGCGCGUACCUCUAGCAAGUUAAAGCCAUCGUUAGCUCGCGGCAAGUUAAUCCGACUCCUAUCCUGAGUCUCACUGUUGACUUACACCGCAGUAUACACUGGCAGCGUCCCCAAACUUGAGCAUAAGCUACUACUCUGCACUUUAGGCUGCAAUCCAUAAUAAUACACUGUUUGAGUCAUCGUAACUUUGCGUCAAUGGCUUGCAUUCGCCAACAGCAGGCGGAAGAGGUCUCCGGCGACAAUUUUUCACCCGAGUCCGCUGCUGGCUCUUCAGGAUUGGAUGCUAGGCGGGAACGCUGCCUGGCACCACACCCCGUCCGCGAGCAUGACCCUCGAGACCGACCAAGCGUAAGCUGCUGCAACAUCGCCGCCAAGCGGGCUGCAAGCACAUCGGUCGAAACCUCGUCUGCCACUACAAGCAGCGACACAUACAGCGCUGGCAUCCACGACUAUGUCGCCGUUCGGGACGGGCUCCUAAGCCUAAGUUCGGGAAGCAGUGGCUCAAUAUGCAGCUCGGAAUCGGGGCCCAGCUCAGACGAUGGGGGCGCUGACAGCGGGACAAGCGAGCGGUGUGAGGGGAUUGCGCGGAAGAAGGCACGGCUGGGUGAACCCCCUAUCCGCUGUGAGAACGCGGCAGGGUGUGCGCACGUCUUGCUUCGGAAAGCCAAUGCUUCCUUCCGUGCGGACCAGCUCAUUGGCUGCAAGCUUGUGCUAUUUUAACUACCCGCGGAGUAGUUACGAGGUUGUGAGCCAGGAAGGGGGGCUGGCAGGAGUUUGGGUUGUAUGUGUUUCAAGUACCACACAAAAUGGUUGAUGACAUCUGUACGGCUUGCCGUACUUACUGCCAGCUGCGACCACAUUGGCAGCAGCAGGCAAUGUAUAAAUAUGACUAUGCACAAACGUUGUCUGCAUCUUCUAUAUAUCGGAACAUUUUGGCCCCGAUUUAUCCUACAUCGCACCUUGUAACAUAGCCUCCUAGUUCGCCUCCCCGCGUUUGGCAUGCCGGCUCCCUCAUCCAUUCGCAUUCGUGGCGUUUCUUUCCUCGAUGCAAAAAGGAUGCGUCGCCAGCGACUGUCCACCUGCCAAGCAGUACAAAACCAUGAUGUGGUCGCUGCGGCGGUUGAGGCACUCGCAGCAGCAGCCCUGCGUGCUCGCCUGCGUUCCCACGGCAGGGUGACAGUGCGGCUGACGGCUUCCGCUUGGGACCUGAUGUCGGGGAGCGUUGAGGGAGCCCAGGUGGAAGGACGGCGGUGGGAAAGCCCAAUGGGUCUGACGGCAAGGGCUCUCGACGUGGCGGUGGGGCGAGUGCAGCUGGACCUGCCGGCAGCGCUCUGGCAGCGCAUCAUGCUGCGGAACACGCCGCGGGGCAGUGCGCGGGUGGUGUUCAACGCGCGGGACCUGGGCGCCUUCCUGCAGCACCCGCUGGUGACCGGCCCGGCGCAGCAGGCGGUGCAGGGCCGGCCUUUCCUGUUCGACCGAGACCACAUUGUCAUUAUACCUGGGCUAAGCCCCGGCUGCGGCUGCGUGCUGUUCGGCGGCAUCCUGCCGUACACCGGCCAGCGCUACACCCUCCUCAUGCGCCCCGAUCAGGGUGGCCGGGCAGCUGUCGUGACCGCCAUCCCCGUGGGGGCUCCAGCGCACAUCACCACACCAACAGCCCUUUCUAGCGCAGGCGGUUACAGCUACAGCAGUUUCAGUGAAGGCAGUGACAACAACGUGAGCAGGAGCAGCAGCAAUGAGGAUGCAGCAGUGGACUGGGAGGUAUCGGCGGAGCUCAGUCGCUUCUUCAGCAGGCUACGGGUGGACCUGCAGGGGGCGGAGCUGGCCUUCUGGAACAUGCGGAUUAACGCAUGUAGCAGACACAGCAGUAGCAACGGUGGCGCUGGUGGUAGCAGCGGUGACAGUGAGGACUAUGGAGUGGAGAGAGAGGCCGCCGGUAUUGGAGGCCUCCGGUGGCCCUGGGAUGCGGGCCCGCGGGGAGGGCGCGGCGUUGACGAUUUGGCAGGGGGCACUGAUACUGCAUAUGGUGAAGCCCUUCUACAGCUGGACCUUACGGCGACAGUGCACAGCUUUCCGCCACUCAACCUUCAGUUUUGAGCCUUCGACCAGGUCGCCCCAUGGGUCCGAAACGGCUAUGGGGGUGGGGCCAGCGAGCAGUGAAGUGGAAGCAUGCGGGAUGAUAGGAGGCGGAGUACUAACGUCAGCGUCCGAACGGUCCACGUUGCCGUCGAGAAAGGAAGGAAAUGGAGAGACAUUAUAUACCUUUUUCCAUACGUGGCCUUGCUCCGUGCGUCCUUUUUUAGCAAACCACGGCGGCUAACUGCGGGUUCUAGGUCAUGGCUGCCGUGUGAGAAGCAUUAGCUGGGGCCAUUGCCAAGGCGUGGCUUUAAGCCCUUACCGCUUUCGCGCUCGCCUAAAUGUGCAAAGGCGAUCCCUGUGCGGGAUACUUUGCGUCAUUAUGGACGUUAGUUCUUGCUCGACGGCUCUCUCUUGACUUGAGACUUCCGGUCUGCAAUUCGCUCCGGAGCCACAGUGUUUACUUCGUACGCAAAAUGCCAUGCGUGCCCUAUGAGAGUAUAGAUUGCUAUUCAUAUUGGUUUAUUAACACAAGAGGCCUAAGGAGAUUUGCCCUGCGGUAUAGCUUUGGUCGUAAAAUGAGGAUCUACGACGUUGCAAAGGGCUACUUUGUUGCCAUCACAUCCCUGUUUGCUGGAGCAUCCGUCGUUCACUACAUCCUGCAGCCAGACCUGACCCUUCCAGUCCAAGACUACCUCCCUUCCAAGGAGCCUGAAAACCCUGCUCCGGCUUCUCCGCCGGCCGCAACCCCGUCGUCGAAGUAAAGACCCGCUUCUACCCGCGGCGUACUCCUCCCGCUCGUCAUGCCGCGCGUGGGAGGGAGCGGCCCCUUCCGGGGUCGUGGAGGCCCGGUACUGUCCAACAACAGCAGCGACGACGAGCGGGGCGGUGUGGGCAGCAGCGCACAGGCAUGGCGCCCUGGGGGCCCCUCCGCCUGGAAGGACACGGAGGGCCAGUCGGGCCAAGCCGCGAGUGCGCUGUUCGAGCAGUACCUAGCGGCUGGGACACUGCAGGGCGAUGACCUGGGCAAGGAUCAGGUGUUUCAAUCCGGCCUGAGCCGCAUCCGCGACCACCUGACCAACGUGGACAGCAGCUGCUGCCUCAUCUGCCUCAACCACAUCCGGCCCGACGAGGCGGUGUGGAGCUGCGAGCGGGGCUGCUACACGGUGCUGCACCUGGAGUGGGCUCGCAGCCAGCUGGACGCAGCGGGUGCCAAGGCGGCGGCUCGGCUGUCGCAGUUCCCUGCCGCCGCGGAGGAGGCUCGCGCAGCCGCGGAGUGGGGCUGCCCCAAGUGCCGUUGCACCUACCCGGCUGCCGACAUCCCGCGCCAAUACAAGUGCUUUUGUGGCAAGGUGACCAACCCGGAGUUUGACCCAUGGGUCACACCGCACACCUGCGGCGAGCUGUGCGGCCGCCCCCUGCCCGGCGACUGCGGCCACACCUGCCUGUUACUGUGUCACCCGGGCCCCUGCCCGCCCUGCCCGCUCCUGGUGGAUGCGAGCUGCCACUGCGGCCGCCUGCGGACCAAGCGGCGCUGCGGCCACCACGAGUACAGCUGCGACGGGGUAUGUGGCUCGAGGCUGGAGUGUGGGCACAGUUGCCCGGAUCUUUGCCAUCCAGGGGAAUGUGCGCCGUGCCGCGUGAUGGGUGACUUCAAGUGUCGUUGCGGGGCGGAGCGGCGGCGGCUGCCAUGCGGAGAGCGGCGCUUUCAGUGCGAGCGGGUGUGCGGCAAGCCGCUUGCAUGCGGCAACCACACGUGCGAGCAGGUGUGCCACUCAGGACGCUGUGGCGAGUGUCCCUUCUCCGGCGCGCGCACCUGCCCCUGCGGCAAGGUGGCCCACAGCGGCAUGUCGUGUGCGGAGCGGGCGCCCACCUGCGGGGCCACGUGCGGCAAGCUGCUGCCGUGCGGCAUCCACCGCUGCAACGACCGCUGCCAUCACGGGGAGUGCACCGCGCAGUGCAGGGGGCCCGUGGUCAAGACGUGCAGGUGUGGCAAAAGCCAGAAGGAGGUGCUGUGCUUCCAGGAGUUCACGUGUGAGCGGCGCUGCGGCGAGAUGAGGGCGUGCGGGCGGCACCCCUGCAAGCGGCGCUGCUGCGACGGAAACUGCCCGCCCUGCGAGGAGGUGUGCGGCCGCCGACUGAAGUGCGGCAACCACAAAUGCCCCGCGCCGUGUCACAGUGGACCGUGCAGGCCCUGCCCCCUGACGGUGACCAUCUCCUGCGCUUGCGGGGCCGCCCACUGCACCCUCCCAUGCGGGGCCGAGUCCAAGGCCGUGCCCCCGCACUGCUCCGCCGCCUGCUCCGUCCCCCGCAUCUGCCGCCACGGACCGCAGCUGCCCCCACACCGCUGCCAUUUCGGGCCCUGUCCGCCCUGCAACCUGCCGUGCGGAACGCCGCUGGCUUGCGGCCACAGCUGCGCCGAACCUGCCUGCCAUGACCCUGCGCCCCCGCCCGUGCCAGACUUCAAGCCACCGCCGCCUCCCAAGGCACCCUCCGCCAGCGCCUCCGCCGCUGCGGCUGGCGUCUCCGGAGGCGGCAGCGGCAGCGUCGGGGUCAGUAACGAGCGUGGCAAGCGGAACGCCGCCGCAGGCAGCGUCAACAUAUCCAACAUGCCUGCCGUACAAGAGUCGGCACAGCUCGCCUUGCAGAUGCUCGCUGCUAGUGCCGCAGCUUGCACGCUGCCGAGCGCCUGCCCUGCCUGCUCGCAACCAGUGAUGGUAGCGUGUGUGGGCGGACAUGGCAGCCGUGCUAUGCCGUGCUGCGAGCAGCGGCCCUACCGCUGCACCGCGCCAUGCGGCCGGCCGCUGGCAUGCGGCAACCACACAUGCGCAUUGCCUUGCCAUGCAGUGGCGCCUGCAGGGGCACCUGCAGGGUCUGCCUCGGCAGUGGCUGAGGCGGACCCGAGGCUGCCUCUGCCAUGCAAGCAGUGCGAUCGGCGGUGUGAGCGGCCCCGUGGAUGCAGCCACCCGUGCCCGCUGAGCUGCCACCAGGGGCCUUGUCCGAGGUGCGAGGUGGUCACGCGUACGGCGUGCAUGUGCGGCAAGUCGACGCUGCAGCUGCCGUGCUACGAGGCGACGGCUGCAGUCGGAGCUGCCAAGGGCGGGGCUAAAGCUGGCGGGGGCAAGCCGGUGCUGUCGUGUGGCAAGCCCUGCCACAAGCAGCUCAUGUACUGCCCUCAUCCCUGCAAGGCGAUCUGCCACGCGGGUCCCUGCCCCGACCCCGAGACAUGCAGCGCUGAGGUCAGCGUGCGCUGCGCCUGCCCCGCCAAGCGCCGAGCCAAGUGGAAGUGCUCCGAGGUGCAAGCGGCGCUGCUGCAGGCCGGCAAGCCGCGCACCUACGACGACACACAGGCCCCCCGGCUGCUGCCAUGCGAUGCCGAAUGCGAGCGUGCCAAGGCUAAAGCGGCGAUAGCGGCGCCCAAGAGUGGUGCGGGCGCUCUGACGGUUUCACACAGCACCGAGUCUCUCACAGACGUGGCAGCUGCAAGCAGCGCAGGCGGCGAGGGCGGUGGAGCUAAGGCGGCGGGCAAGGUUCGUUUGUCGCGUGCGGAGCGGGAGGCCCUGGCGGCCAAGAAGGAGGCGGAGCGGCGGCGGCAGGAGCGGUUGCAGGCUGUGGUCCGUGGGGUAGUGCUGGCGGUGGUGGUGCUGCUGGGCGUGCUGUUGGCACUGGGCGCUAAGGCGCUGUUGGCGCGGCUGGAUAAGCAGGCGCAGCAGUGGUGGGCGUUGGAGAAGUAGGGGGUAAAGAAGGAGAACCAUGCGUUGAGUGAUAGUGGCAAACUAGGAAGUAGGGGGUGGGGUGCUGGCUGUGGUGGUUUUGCUGUGGCUGGUGAGGAGCAUAGCCGUUUAGACUGGUAGUAUAGACCCGGGCUGAGGUGCUGGUAUUGCCCAGGCUUGUAGGCUUGCAGCUACAAGGACUUGUCUCAGCAUGGAGUGUAUCUAGAUGGCGAUGAAGGACGCAGAGCAUACCGUUACAAGCCCUUACAACCGUAAUGACUCCCCC